GCCGGAUAACUAUCCCUUGACAACCUCAAGAGAGUCUUUGCAUUCACUUGACAACUUGAAACGAGACGAGGAGGACGUGUGUUAGUCGGUGUUAAAAAUUACAAUAUUGUAUGUGUUGUAGUGACAAUUAACUGACAACAAUGUUUAAAAACACAUUUCAAAGUGGCUUUUUGUCAAUACUCUACAGUAUUGGAAGCAAACCGCUGCAGAUAUGGGAUAAAAAGGUUCGAAAUGGCCACAUCAAACGUAUCACAGAUAAUGAUAUUCAGUCACUAGUGUUAGAAAUUGUUGGAACAAAUGUUAGCACAACAUAUAUAACGUGCCCUGCAGAUCCAAAGAAAACUCUUGGCAUCAAGUUGCCAUUCUUAGUGAUGAUCAUCAAGAACUUGAAAAAAUACUUCACAUUUGAAGUUCAGGUAUUAGAUGACAAGAAUGUUCGACGACGAUUCCGAGCUAGCAACUACCAGAGUACAACCAGAGUGAAACCGUUCAUCUGUACUAUGCCCAUGAGAUUGGACGAUGGCUGGAACCAGAUUCAGUUCAACUUGUCAGAUUUCACCAGAAGAGCGUACGGAACAAACUACAUUGAGACUCUUAGAGUACAGAUUCAUGCAAACUGCCGUAUCCGCCGAGUGUAUUUCUCAGACAGACUAUAUUCAGAAGACGAAUUACCUGCAGAAUUCAAGCUUUAUUUACCAGUACAAAACAAGAAAUAACCACAUCAUUGACAGAUAUCAUUAUAAACAUUGUACAUACUUUUGGAAAUCUCUACUCAAGGAAAAUGUAGAAAAUAUUUAAAUUAACAAGCAAACAAUUUUAAAUGAAAAUAAAUACUUUCUAAUGUCA